ACAAAUUCAGAGGGACCUUAACAUAAAAUUAAGGUUAUAGUGUACUUGUAACCAUCCGUCUCUGCUUGGUACAGCCCCGGUUCAUGUGACGGUGCUCUGGUGUGUGUGGGACCUCGUCGUUGGCGUGCCAGAGGAGGAGAGAGGAGGCAGAUGGAGAUGUGUAUCCUGUGUCACGAGGUGCAGGAGAUCCUACCUGAUGGCACCGCCAUGGUGCUCGCUGCCUUUGUCCAACGCUCUACGGUCAUGUCCAAGAACCGCAAAAGACCCCCUCACAAUCCAGAGAGCUAUGAUCCCCUCUUCAUGCACCCUGACCUGUCCUUUGGUACCCAUACCUGCAGCUGUGGCCACAUCAUGCACUCUCACUGCUGGCAGAGAUACUUUGAGACACUCCAGAGUCAGGAUGCGCGGUGGCUGCAUGAGCAAACCAGUUACGAUGUAGAGAAUGGGGAGUACUUGUGUCCACUCUGUAAGUGUCGCAGUAACACUGUCAUUCCUCUCCUGCCCCUCACUGAGACCACCUGCAGGUACUCGCAUACAAACUUGUGCUUGUGAUUAUUCUAAGUGGAGUUGCUCUGAAUCCGGACCGCUUAAUAUUUUAACCAUUGCAUUGGCGAAUUAGUUGUAGUGGCUCUGUAACCAAUGCAAACUUGCCUAUGAAAUGCCAUGGAAGGGUACAGAAUGACACUGUAACAGUGCAUACCCCAUUCCAUUAUUCCUCUUAUUUAUUUAUAUAUUUUAUAGCAAGGGAAUUGAUAUCGGGCGCACGGUGGCUUAGUGUUUAGCACGUUCGCCUCACACCGCCAGGGUCGGGGUUCGAUUCCCGCGGCUCUGUGUGUGUGGAGUUUGCAUGUUCUUCCCGUGCUGCGGGGGUUUCCUUCAGAUACCCCGGUUUACCCGGUACCCUGGUAUCUCCCCCAGUCCAAAGGCAUGCAUG